AUGAAGGUGCUGCUACCAAACCCUGGACUGGACAAGCGGAUCCACACAUAUGAGGAUCUGGAGAGGAUGGACAAAGAGCAGGCUGAGGACCGGCCCAAGUGGGACAAUAAGGCUCAGUACAUUUUAACCUGUGUGGGAUUCUGCAUUGGGAUUGGCAAUGUGUGGCGUUUCCCCUACCUGUGCCAAAGCCAUGGAGGAGGUGCAUUUCUGAUUCCAUAUCUAAUCCUGCUGGUACUUGAGGGACUGCCUCUACUUUUUAUGGAGUUUGCCAUAGGUCAACGCCUGAGAAAAGGUAGUGUUGGAGUGUGGCAAGCCAUCAACCCUUAUCUGACUGGAAUUGGGAUUGCCUCUAUGUUUGUAUCCUUGUUAAUUGGGCUUUACUACAACACAUUAAUGGCCUGGAUCUUGUGGUACCUUUUUAAUUCCUUUCAAAGUCCUCUUCCCUGGACACAGUGCCCUCUCAAUGAAAACAAAACAGGUUACAUAGCUGAAUGCCAGCAGAGCUCCACAGUGGAUUACUUCUAUUACAGAGUCACUCUGAACACUUCCACCUCAAUAGAAGACUCUGGGGGUAUCCACUGGCCUAUAGUAGUUUGCCUGUUAGUAGCCUGGACUGUCAUUGGGCUCUGUUACAUCAGAGGAAUAAGCAGCUCUGGAAAGGCAGUGUACGUCACAGCAAUACUACCUUAUAUUGUUCUAGCUAUCUUCCUGGUUCGUGGGCUGACUCUUAAUGGUGCUUUGACUGGAAUUAAGUACCUCUUCACACCAGAUGUGAAUGAGUUAGUCAAACCAACGACAUGGCUUGAUGCAGGGGCUCAGGUCUUUUAUGCCUUCAGCUUGGCCUGGGGUGGACUGAUCUCAUUCUCAAGCUACAACCCUAUACACAACAACUGUAAACAGGAUGCCAUGAUCCUUACUGCCAUAACUGGCUGUACUUCAGUCUAUGCUGCCAUGGUAACCUACACCAUUAUCGGCUUCAGAGCUACAGAAAAAUAUGGGCAAUGUAUCAGUGAUAAUAUUCAAACACUUAUAAAUGCAUUUGAUCUUCCCGAGAACAAUAUAACUACAGAAAACUAUGAGGAAGCAUUUAAGUAUUUAAACAGCACAUAUACAGAUAUUGUUACGGCACUUGAGAUCAUCCCCUGCGACAUGCAGAGACUUCUCAGCGAGGGGGUGGAGGGAACAGGUCUGGCCUUCAUUGUUUUCACAGAAGCCAUAAUCAAGAUGCCUGGAUCGCCGAUCUGGUCUGUCCUUUUCUUCAUCAUGCUUCUUUGUUUGGGGCUCUCCACACUCAUUGGUAACAUUGAGGGAGUUGUUGUUCCAAUUAGAGAUUUAGGAGUAUUUCCUAAAACAUGGCCCCAGGAAGCACUGAGUGCUGUAACUUGCGGUGUUGCAUUUGUUCUCACGCUUCUAUUUGCUCAACAUUCUGGCUUCUAUUGGGUAACACUAUUUGACAAUUUUGCGGGAUCAGUUCCACUUCUGUGUAUUGGGUUUUUUGAGAUGAUAGCGGUUGUUUACAUAUAUGGAAUAGAGAGGUUCAAUGAAGACAUACAGUUUAUGAUUGGAUCCAAGCCUGGCUUAUACUGGCAGGUUACAUGGAGAUUUACAAGUCCUCUGAUUAUAUUGGUCAUUUUAGUUUUCUACCUUGUCAUACAAGCCCAAGAGAAGCUUACUUAUUUAGUCUGGAAUCCCAAUUCUAAACAAUUUCCAGUCCUGGACUCAGUCCCCUACCCAUCAUGGAUAAAUGCAGUUAUCUUUUUAUUGGCAGGAGUCCCAAGUCUAACAAUGCCCAUGUAUGCUUUAUGUAGGCUACUCUAUGUUAACAUAAAGAAGAAAAACAUUCCUAAAAAUAAAAAGGACAACUUUUUGUAUUUAUUAACAUCACAAAUAUUACAAGAACUUAUGGGGCAAGAGUUCAAUUAUAAGCAUGCACUAGGGGUCAUAGUCAAUUUAUCUUUCUACUUUGAGUUCAAUGAUUAA